UGUUCUCUGACACAACAAACGGAGGAGGAAGAUCUGUCCUGCCCUUCCAGCUUUCAAGCYUGUGCUUUUUAGCUGCAACUCCACCCUGCGCUGGUGGAGAAGGGAUCAGUUCCCACUGAUCGCAGGAAAGGGAGGUCACGGGGUUUGCUUGAUUAAAUCACCACAAGCCAAAAGGUGCUUUUGCUCACUGAGAAUUGCUCACGGGCUCAUUCUUUAAUUUGUUCCGAAAAAAAAAAAAAAAAAAAAAAAAAAAAAAAAAAAAAAAAAAAAAAAAAAAAAAGCGCCCAACAAGCAACAGCACACGCGGAAAAGCAGGUGUGUCGAGAUCCUGGGAAAACAAAGGGCAGAGGCUGAGGCAGGAGGUGACACUUGGAUGAGAAGUUUCCAUCCCAGCACAAGAGGACAAGUUUGGAAAAGACUGGACAGGACCAGCACUUGUUGUCCUACAGGUCAGUAUCCAGGUGAAGUCCCACUCCAGAUGGAUCUCUCUAAGAACCACAUUUGGUGAGAAAAUCUCACAAAUCUGUGCUGGACACCCACGCUGGUGACAUYGAAUACAUGCUUGGCUGUAAACUCAGUUCCAUCCUCUUCCAGUUCUCAAGGCUCCACAGCAAAGUCGCCGGGCAAAAUGCCAUCCCCAAUCACUGCAGGUCUCCACUGCCUGCUCCUACUGGUCUCAGCCUUCUGCCAGACACCACAGGGCUCAAACUUCUAUCCAUUUUCAUAUGUAUUUGACAGCACAUUUGGACAGGAGAGUUUCCAACCAGAGAUUCAAAGGCAGAAACGAAACAUGGUUAUUGUUGAUCUCCCCCUUCCGGAAUACACUGUUGACAUUGAAGUACACCUGGACGAUUCAUCUUAUCUACAGCCAAUCAAAGACUAUUUCAAAAACAUCGAUCUUACAGUUCCAAUUAAUAUUUCAAAUGCACCAAUGACAGUUUCAAACAUCAACAUUACAACAGUCUGCCUGCCCAGUGGUGAGAAUAGCAGCUGCUGUUUCUGUGAAAAUGGAUACGCCUGGCCAAGCACAGUGUGCAGUGAUUUGACACCCUGCCCUUCUCUGAGCCUGGAACCAGCCCUGCCCUGUGGCUACACGCAGGAAAUGCCUUUCUAUGGACCCUACUGUGAGCCCCAGACUGAGGAGUCAUGCGGUAUGGGAGAGCCCAUUGUAAUGAAUAUGUCAGUCAGACUCGACACAGACUUCCAGGAUGAUCUCAAGGAUUCUUCUUCUGUGUUGUACCAAAAAUACAAAGCAGACCUUGAAAAAGCGUUUAAUGCCAGCUACAAAUGUUUACCAGGCUUUGUAUCGGCAAAAGUAAUGAGUUUCAGCCCUGGAAGUGUUUUUGUGAACUAUGAAGUAAGAACAGGAGCAGCAAGCUUCGCUCAGGUUGGAGAUUCCAACAGAGCUGUAACGCAGUUUCUGGAUUCAUCGUACCAGCUAAACCAAUCUACCUUCACAAGAAUAAUAACUAAUCAGAUAAACUUCACUGUGCAACCCUCAAACAUUUUUGAAGGGGACACGGUAAGACUGAMCUGUGAGAUAAAUUCGACAUUUUCYCAUGCAACCUGGUAUCACUCUGAYCAGACCAUCUCAACCAGCUCCMGGCAUUCAAUAGAGACAGUUUUAGCAACCAGAAGAUCGAUUCUUAAAAUUACCAACGUCACAAUGAAGGAUUCUGGUUCCUAUAGGUGCAUGUUCACAAAGAGCAGCCCAUCUCACACAGAGAUACACACCGCCACAGAAACAGUAUCUGUCUUCCCACUACAYAUCACUCCAAAUUUGGAGGACAUCGAUGUCACAUGUAACAGCCCUGAAGUGCAAGCCAAGGGUCUUCUGCUGUCCUGUUGCACUGACAGACAUUUAAAGUCACUUAAGGUUUCCUGGAAAGUAAAUGGAUCAAUCAACAUUACAGGAGURUCCAGUUUGAGUGGAAACUGCACUGAAUACCAGCUCAGCAUCAAGGAGUCGCUGUGCCCACCGGAGAAGUCCGGAGCAGUGACCACAUACACGUGUGAGCUGGAGACUGGACACGGAGCCAGGCGCUCUCAGAGCAUCAGAGUCACAUACCUGCGAAAAGCCCACGUAACAAUAUCUUCAAGCCCAAACUCAACAGUUUCCGAGGGAUACGCGUUCAAUGUAACGUGCAAAAGCGAUGUGAGCAAUUACGACAGCAUCAGUUGGAWAAUCCAGUCUGGAAGUGACACAAAAACAGUUGACUGUGAUAUGUGCAUCAAAAAUAGCAAAUUCCCAGCCACAUCUGUGCUCACAGUGAGGUCUGCCACACAGGCUUGGAGAGGCACCUACAUCUGCACAUUCUCCCAGAAAAACCUGGAGAGUUCUGCCAAUGUGACCAUCGAGGUGGUUUCCUUGCCCCUGAAGAAGAACAUCCUGGUAGAUCCCAUUGCAACAUCAAUACAGUGUGGAGUGCCACACGCCCUKGAGUGCUGCAUAAGUGCAAAGACUGUGAGAGACUACAGGGUUACGUUUGUGAUUCAGCAAAAUGAAUUCCAAGUUGAAAAAAAGCGUAAAGACAAUCUGUUUUGCUACAUGUACAAUUACACAGAAAAAGAAUGUAGUGAAGGGAAAGAGUUGGCAGCACAUUGCAAGUUCAUCAACCGCAUCGGACAGGAAGUCAACAGCGAAUWUAUAAAACUACGCUUGAUACCUGGUAAGGAAGUGUCCUGCUCCGACAGAUUGGGCAUUGGAACAGAAAGGGCCACAUUAAUAAAGCCAUGCUGYGAUAGAAAAAACCCAAAAGGUUUUACCCGAGGCAAUACAACUUACCAGUGCAUCAACAGCUCUUGGAGGGUUGCAAGGAAUGACUGCCUUUCUGGACCAAUAAAUGACCUGCUGAGUAAUGCUGAGUCCUUGGUCAACAGCCCCGAGGCAAAAGGAAAACUCCCCUCCUACCUUGCACAUCUUAAGGAACAGACAGAAAAGGARCUGACCACAAUAAACAAUUCUCCAGCAAACAUAGGUGCAAUCGUUUCCAUCCUGGAACUGGUCUCCUCUAUCCCAGCAGAGGCAGAGGAGCUCACUAUUCAGAAUUUCCUGUCCACAGUGGACUUAAUUGUUAAUGAUUCCACCACUGAAGCUUGGGAAGACCUGAAUAAAGGGAAGACACGACAAAGUUCUUUGUUACUGCAGUCAGUAGAAAAWUUUUCCCUGCGCCUUCAACCAGUUAAUAACACCAUUCCUUCKGUGUCUGCAAGCACCAUUCAGCUCCAAGGGAUAGUUGUCAAGGAAAAUAACAACACAGAUUAUAACAAGGACUUCCRCAGUUCAGAAAAACUCACGGUCAAYGUGCUCAUUCGUGAAACUGAAAUUCAGACUCUAACCCAAAAUUCAACCAUUGUCAGUGUGAUGUACUCAAAACUUGGGCAUAUUUUGCCCCAGAAUAGCUUYGAAUAUGUGAACGGUUUAUUGAUAACAACAACUUUGAGCAGCAACAGAAGCCAGAAGUUUGAUGUUAAUAUGACAUUUGCAAAGAAAGACUUGUCUCUAAAGAUGCCCAAGUGUGUCUUUUGGAACUUCACACUCAACAGUGGUAGGGGGGACUGGGAUACUCGUGGCUGCACACCCACGGACUUGGGAGAUUAUGUGGUUUGCUCCUGCAAUCACUUGACAUCAUUCUCCAUUCUGAUGUCACCCGAUAGAUCCUCCGAGCUAAUCUUUGAAGAUUAUAUUUCCUACAUUGGCCUGGCCAUUUCCAUUGUGAGCUUGGUGGUCUGCAUCAUAAUUGAAUCCUUGGUCUGGAAGUACGUGACCAACAACACAACGUCCUACAUGCGCCACGUCUGUAUUCUCAACAUAGCCACGUCCCUGCUGAUUGCUGAYGUUUGGUUCAUUGUCACCGCCUCCAUCAGUGAUCAAAACCAGCAGCUGAGCAGAGACAUCUGCAUCAUGGCCACAUUCUUCAUCCAUUUUUUUUACCUGUGUGUCUUUUUCUGGAUGCUGAGCCUGGGCCUCAUCCUUUUCUACAGGCUGGUGUUCAUCUUACACAACACAAGUAAAACUGCUCAGAAGACAGUGGCAUUCUGCCUGGGGUACGUGUGUCCCUUUGUCAUUGCAGUCACCACCAUCGCUGUCACAUUGCCAAAGAACAGCUACACCAGAAAGGAUGUCUGCUGGCUCAACUGGAAGGACAGCAAAGCUCUCCUGGCCUUCGUCAUACCUGCCUUGGUCAUCGUGGCCACAAACUUGUUCAUUGCUGCAGUUGUGAUAAUAAAAAUACUGAGGCCAACUAUUGGGGAUAGGUCAAGUGGGCAGGAGAGGAAAUCUCUGUUUCAAAUUGGGAAGAGUGUGGCCAUCCUGACACCACUGUUAGGCCUCACCUGGGGUUUUGGCCUUGCCACCAUCAUCAAAAACAGUCAUCCAGCUUUCCACAUCAUCUUUGCUCUGCUCAAUGCUUUGCAGGGAUUAUUCAUUUUGGUGUUUGGGACUCUCUGGGACAAGAAGAUACAAGAAGCCCUGUUGAAGAGGAAUUCAUUGUCCAAGUGGAGUUCRCAGCAAUCAAAGUCAUCCUCCCUGAUCCUGGUGACACCAAUGCUUGCUAUGAGCUACCCGUUUUCAAGAACCUUUAACAAUUUAUGUGGGAAAACAGGAAAAUACAGAGUAUCUUCUUCUGAGCCAUCCACAUCUUCCACAGAAAACACUUCCAAGGCCUAUUCCAUCCUUAACUGAAGCACUGCCARUGCUAAAUUGUGUAACUCUGAAAGGACCUCUUCCAAGACACACAAAAAGUACCUGGGAAGUGGAAAGUCAGCAGGAAGUGGACUGCUUYAUUUUGACUAAACUGUGCCUUGGUGCAUUCUUCUGGAAUUGUCUUCUGGGUAAUGUGUAAGGCAGGGAAGCUGAGAGAGAUGGAAUUUUACAAGGUCUGCCAAUCCCAGAAGAGAUGGAAAGGGUCUGAAGGCCUUCAAGUGCAAAGAAAGGACAUUGGGAAUGAAGAAUUCUCAGCCCUUAAGUGGGUGCUUAGCACUAUGCAGUACUGAGCCAUGAAUUGCAGUGCUUCACACAGUUUUUGUCCAGUGGAUUUGCCAUUUCCCCUAUCAACUCUCUGAGUGACCCCAAAGGCCUGUGUAGAUACACAAGUACCUCACAGCUUCUCUCCUGCCCUUGUAUUAUUAUCUGGAAAGGAUAUAGUGGUAUCCACUUUCUAUUUAAGACUUUCUGGAACCAAAAAUUCCCAACUGAGAAGGCCUAUUUCAGAUCUUCACUUUUGACUUAUGUAAAAUGAAGACCGUGAUGAUUCCUGCGUGGUCUUCUUUCAGGUGGAAAGACUGAAAGCUUCACGUGGCACUUUCUUGAAGGAAGCUUUAUGCCCUUAACAAUAUUUUUCUUUGAUAUAUAAUGUGGUAAGACAGAGAUGGUUGCUGCCCUCUGCCACAGAGGGGACUGCAUUUAGUUAAUGCACAGUAGUGUGCAAGGAGUGCCUUGUGUAAAGUCUGUGUGUUUGGGUCUCCUCUCAGAGGAGAAUCACACUUGAAGGACUCAGAGAAUAAACUCUGUAGUGAAUAUAAAUCACCAUGUGCCAGGCAGGAUGAAUGGUUUUAUAUAAAUUAUUGCUCUAAUACUACAUUUGUGGAACCAGUUAUUUUAAGCCUGUACACCCUUAAAGGCAGGACUCCUGUCUUGAGAAAAACCUGAAAAGUAUUUAUAAUGCACACAAAUGUUACAAAAUUUAAUGUACAAUAUGGUAGAUGGAAUCAUGAAGAGGUCAAUAUCAAAUACUGCAGUCAGGUGGUACCCCUGUUUGCUUUUCAGGGCAUCAGGCCUGUGUUUGCCAGUGGUGAACCUGAUCUCAGAAUUUUUGGGUGAAUCAGGAUGGGGAACUGUUCCCUAAAGUUACAAGCACUUAUGAUGGUUUGGUUUGGGCAAGGAGGGGAUGACUGAAGACAAUAAUCAAGCAUCAAUCAAAUGUGGUAUUUAUAUUGAAAGCAAUUGCUAUUUGCUUCAAUAUGAAGAUAUAAUACCAGAACUAGAGCACACUUAGAAGUGAAAAUCCAGAAUGUCUUUGAACUGCAUGGCCAGUAGACACUGAAAAUCCCAGCUUCACACGUAAUUCCUACCAAAUCUUGCCCUUGUUUAGCCAUUUGUUUUAACUCAUUCUGGAAAUGGCUUGUGCAAUAUUGCUCACUCUUGCUGAGUGAGAAAGGCUUUACAAGAACUGUAAAGUACAAGUCCCUGCAGACAACACAGYCCCAGUCCCACCAAGCCAUGGCUCUGCAGGCAUUUUAUUCUCUGAGGUUUCACCACGCUGCCCAGCCUGGCUCUUGACUCUCUGUGCAUGAGAAAUGAGAAUGUGAUGCCAAGCUGCCUGGCACCAAAGAGCCACCUUGGGACGGAUUGUCAAAGGCAAAGUCUUUGCCGUUGUAACAAACUAAUUGACCAAAGAGAAGCAGCUGAGAAAUAUCAUCACCUCUGMCAGUUUAAAAGACUUGGAGUCAAGGCUUCACUUGAAUACAGACACAGAUAAAGAUAUAAUGGGGGGAAGAAAAGGGGGGAGUGCUGAAUGAAGGGGAAACAUGGCACCAAACAUGYUGUACUGCUUCCCUGCACUCUCUACAGCAGGAACCAAGACUUUGGCAUGAGCAAUGUGGGCAGUGGGCUCACCAACAGAUUUCUCCCUUCAUUUUGGGCUGUUAUCCCCAGUUCUUUGUCCUGAUCCAAAUCCCUUCACUCACCUGUCCUUUCCAAAGUCAAGGAUGUCACAGGGCUCCUUUCCUGAUGAUUGCUGUCACG